ACGCACGCCGCACCACCGCCGCAGAAGUUACCACACUCUUCUUUCUGUUUGGUUACCACCGUCUGCCGCUCCGUCUGCGCACUCAGUACAUCGUCGGUGCUCACAGCUACAACACACACACACGAACAACAAUUAAGACUACUUAAGUCAAUUACAUCUACUUUUGUACAUUGGGAAGCAGUGUGAUCCAGUGCCCGAGUUCGCAGUGAACGCAAAAGGAAUUAUUUCAACAUCAGUAAAACAUCUCACCUCCUUGCAACAUGAAAUUUUUGGUUGUGAUCUUCUUCGCGUUGGUGGCGUUCGCGCAUGCGCAGUUCGGCGGAUUUGGAUUUGAUUCGUCAUCGUUUGACGGCGGAUUCGGGGGACAGUUGACUAAUGCGCGUGACCCACGCGCUAAUACCGGACCUGUUGUCUUCCCCCCAGCGCCACCAGAUAGCGGUGAGACCAGCGGCGUUGUUGUUGGUGCCUCUGGAUACGGAUUCGUUCCCCCACAAAGUCCAAAUUCAAGGGUUUAAGUCGAAGCUAACCUAUAACGAGAACAAAUGAUUAGUUUAAUAAUUAACGUUAAUUUAAGUCUGGAUGUAUGAAAAACAAAAGAAAAAAUGAGAAAAUGGCUUGAAAUGACAAAUUCUCAUUGGUUCUGUAUGUUUCUGUAUGUGUCUUGAAUGUGUUACAUAUUGUGUUUAGUUAGUCAAAGAUGUGAUGUGUUGACAUUUUGAAAGUGUAUUGUACAUAUUAACUCUCGCUAUCUGAAUGAAGUAAUUUAUUGUUUACUGUGAAA